AUGCCAGCGGAGACGACAGGAGCUGAGCUGUCGCGCAGGGAAUGGGUGUAUGCAUUUGCCCUGGUGACAUCGUUGUUCUUCACAUGGGGCUUCGCAUACGGCCUCCUUGAUGUCCUCAACGCGCACUUCCAAGUGGUCUUUGGCAUCACGAAGCUGCAGAGCACGAUGCUCCAGCUUGCGUAUUUUGGAGCUUACUUUGUCUAUGCACCAAUUGCCGGGAUUUUCAUGAGAAAAUAUGGCUACAAGAAAGGAAUUCAUAUGGGCUUGACGUACUACUCGUUAGGCGCCAUAUUCUUCUGGCCUUCGGCGAAGUUUGAGACAUUUGGUGGAUUCGUUGGUUGCACCUUUGUUAUUGGGUGUGGACUGUCAUGCCUUGAAGUAGCGGCGAACUCGUACAUCAGCGUGCUCGGAUCACCGAAGUAUGCAGCCGCGCGCUUGAACUUCAGUCAAGGUUGGCAAGGAGUUGCUUCGUUUGCGGGACCAAUGAUUGCGUCGAAGUGGUUUUUUCAAGGGAAGAAUGCAACUUCGCUCUACACGGUGCAAUGGGUGUAUGUUGCUGUCGCAGGGCUUGGCCUGAUGUUGAACAUUUUGUUCUACUUCUGCCAUUUGCCGGAAAUUUCGGAGGAAGCGCUCUCGGCCGCAAUGGCUAAUGCGGGAUCGAAAGCUGAUCAAGAGCCCUUCUGGAAACAGUACCACUGUAUUUUCGGCUGGAUCGCGCAGACGACUUACACUGGGGCCCAAGUUGGCGUCGCAUCCAUGGCAACCAACUUCUUCGAGGACCAGGGCCUCGGAAUCUCCAGCUCUCUAGCCAGUCAAAUGUACUCGUAUUGCCAGAUCACGUUCACGGUCGGCCGAUUCGUCGGAGUUGUAUUGCUGAACUACAUCGACCCCGCGCUACUGCUCACCCUUUACGCCGUUGCUUGUUCCGUUUUCGCCGUCUGUGUCGCCUACGUUCCGGGCUGGGGAGGUGUCGGAUGUAUCUACUGCCUCUUCUUCUUCGAGUCGAUCUGCUAUCCUGUGAUCUUCACGCUGGCGACUAAAAACCUGGGUCGGCACACGAAGCGUGGAUCGGGUCUGGUCGUCAUGGGUGUCGGAGGUGGCGCAUGGUACCCUCCUGCCCAGGGUUCCAUCGCUGACCACAACACUGCGCAUUCGUACAUCGUUCCCUUCACGGGUUACGUGGCGAUGACGUUUUACGCUGCAGGAAUGGUGAUAUGGCAGGCACGUCACUAUGGGUUCCACUUCCGAAACGUCGACGAACUUGAGGAGGCGAAAGAGAAAAAGGGAGAAUUGGAGUACGAUGGCGAUCAAAAGGUGCCGCCAGAUAUAGAAGACAAGAAAUCAGAAGAGGAGUUCGUGGAAGCAGUGUCUGUAUGA